AUGAGGCUGCUUCUGUAUUAUGUGGUACUGCUGGGGUCCAGUUAUGUGAUCUCCACUUACGGGCCCCAUCAGAGAGCGCAGAUGACCGGUGACAUUUUGCUUGGAGGUCUUUUCCCCAUACACUUUGGUGUCGCAUCCAAAGAUCAAGACCUUGCAGCUCGGCCAGAAUCCACACAGUGUGUCAGGUUCAAUUUCCGUGGUUUCCGUUGGCUCCAAGCCAUGAUUUUUGCUAUUGAUGAGAUAAACAACAGCAGCACACUCCUGCCCAACAUCACUCUCGGCUACAGGAUCUUCGACACGUGCAACACAGUUUCAAAAGCUUUGGAGGCUACUCUAAGUUUUGUGGCCCAAAAUAAGAUCGACUCGCUGAAUUUAGACGAGUUUUGUAACUGCACGGAUCACAUCCCAUCAACCAUUGCAGUAGUCGGAGCUGCUGGGUCUGCAGUCUCUACAGCCGUCGCAAACCUGCUGGGUCUGUUUUAUAUUCCUCAGAUCAGUUAUGCCUCUUCCAGUCGUCUACUGAGCAACAAGAAUCAGUACAAGUCCUUCAUGAGAACCAUUCCUACAGAUGAGUACCAAGCCACAGCCAUGGCAGACAUCAUAGAGCACUUUCAAUGGAACUGGGUCAUCGCUGUUGCCUCUGACGACGACUACGGACGUCCAGGGAUUGAAAAGUUUGAGAAGGAGAUGGAGGAGCGAGACAUUUGCAUCCACCUGAAUGAGCUUAUUUCUCAGUACUUUGAGGAUCAUGAAAUUAAAGCUCUGGCUGACCGGAUUGAGAACUCCACAGCCAAAGUCAUUGUUGUGUUUGCCAGUGGCCCAGACAUUGAGCCUCUGAUCAAAGAGAUGAUCAGGAGAAACAUCACAGAUCGGAUUUGGUUAGCUAGUGAAGCGUGGGCCAGCUCCUCCCUUAUUGCUAAACCAGAAUAUCUUGAUGUUGUGGCGGGAACUAUUGGCUUUGCUCUAAAGUCAGGGAGUAUACCCGGCUUUAAGGAGUUCUUACAAAACGUCCAACCAAAGAAAGACAGUCAUAAUGAAUUUGUCAGAGAGUUUUGGGAAGAAACCUUCAACUGUUAUCUGGAGGACAGCCCAAGACUCCAGGAAAGUGAAAAUGGCAGCACUAGUUUCAGGCCUUUGUGUACUGGUGAGGAAGACAUCACAAGUGUUGAGACCCCAUACCUGGACUACACACACCUUCGCAUCUCCUAUAAUGUUUAUGUUGCAGUUUAUUCCAUUGCACAAGCCCUGCAGGACAUCCUCACCUGCACACCCGGACAUGGACUUUUUGCUAACAAUUCAUGUGCAGAUAUAAAGAAAAUGGAAGCAUGGCAGGUCCUGAAGCAGCUCAGACAUUUGAACUACACCAACAGUAUGGGGGAAAAGAUACACUUUGAUGAGAAUGCAGACCUGGCAGCAAACUACACCAUCGUAAACUGGCACAGGUCGACUGAAGAUGGUUCUGUGGUGUUUGAGGAGGUUGGAUAUUACAAUAUGCAUGUCAAGAGAGGAGCCAAACUGUUCAUUGACAAGACCAAGAUUCUUUGGAACGGAUACAGUUCAGAGGUUCCAUUCUCUAAUUGCAGUGAGGAUUGUGAACCUGGCACGAGAAAGGGGAUCAUCGACAGUAUGCCCACAUGCUGCUUUGAAUGCACUGAGUGCUCAGAUGGAGAGUACAGCAAUCAUAAAGAUGCCAGCGUUUGCACCAAGUGCCCAAAUAACUCCUGGUCAAAUGGGAACCACACGUUCUGUUUCGUGAAGGAAAUCGAAUUUCUCUCCUGGACAGAACCAUUCGGCAUAGCUUUGGCCAUAUGUGCAGUGCUGGGCAUUGUCUUGACAGCCUUUGUGAUGGGAGUCUUUGUGAGGUUUCGAAACACCCCAAUAGUGAAGGCUACAAACCGGGAACUGUCCUACGUUCUCCUGUUCUCACUUAUCUGUUGCUUUUCCAGUUCUCUUAUCUUUAUCGGAGAACCACAGGACUGGACCUGCCGUUUACGUCAACCUGCCUUUGGGAUCAGUUUUGUUCUCUGUAUCUCCUGCAUCCUGGUGAAAACUAACAGGGUGCUUUUGGUGUUUGAGGCCAAGAUCCCGACUAGUCUCCAUCGUAAAUGGUGGGGAUUAAACCUGCAGUUUCUUCUGGUAUUUCUGUGCACGUUCGUCCAAGUCAUGAUUUGUGUGGUGUGGCUUUACAACGCUCCUCCUUCUAGCUACAAGAAUCAUGACAUCGAUGAGAUCAUCUUUAUCACAUGCAAUGAAGGUUCUGUGAUGGCUCUUGGGUUUCUAAUUGGCUAUACAUGCCUUCUGGCAGCUAUAUGUUUCUUCUUUGCGUUUAAAUCUCGGAAACUUCCAGAAAACUUUACAGAGGCCAAGUUCAUUACUUUUAGCAUGCUCAUAUUCUUUAUUGUUUGGAUCUCUUUUAUCCCUGCAUACUUUAGCACUUAUGGCAAGUUUGUUUCUGCUGUUGAGGUCAUUGCUAUACUGGCAUCCAGCUUUGGGAUGCUGGCCUGUAUCUUUUUCAACAAGGUCUACAUCAUCCUCUUCAAACCUUCCAGGAACACCAUCGAAGAAGUCCGGUGCAGCACCGCAGCCCACGCUUUCAAAGUGGCAGCUAAAGCUACAUUAAAACACAACACGGCUUCAAGAAAGAAGUCCAGUAGCAUUGGUGGGUCGUCAGCCUCGAGCCCGUCCUCAUCCAUCAGCCUCAAGACCAACGGAAACGACUGUGACCGAACUUCAGGGAAGCACAGGCCGAGGGUGAGCUUUGGCAGUGGAACAGUUACUCUGUCCUUGAGCUUUGAUGAAUCGAGGAGGAGUUCUUUGAUGUAA